GCUUUCUUUUUUCAAUUGGCGCCUGACGUUUGCACUUCGAGCUGCAUUUGUUAGUUGAUUUGUUUGAUGAUGAAAUAAAUAAUGGUUGCUCCGGAUUCAACAACUGGAAAGUCAUUGCCAACGGACACUGCUUUGCCGUUGGCCCGCAUACGUACAAUUAUGAAGAGCUCCUUGGAUACUGGACAAAUUACAAAUGAAGUAUUGUUUUUGAUGGCCAAAGCUACAGAAAUGUUCAUUCAACAUGUCACAAAGGAAUCCAUUACUAAGGUCGACAAAGGAAAUACGCUUAAGUAUGAACAUUUGGCAAAGUUCGCUCAGAGUCGUGAAUCUUUGGAAUUCUUGUUACAAAUUAUUCCUCAAAAAAUUAAAGUCAAGGAAUUUCGAGAGAUUCUGAAGAAAAAAGACGACCAGGACAGUGAUGACAGCGAUUAAUUGAUGUUAAUAUAAAUAUAAAUAUGCCUGUAAGAUAGUCGCUAAAAUAAAUAUGUGUUUAUUUGUUUAAAA